AUGAAUAGGACCGUCCUCCUUCCCCACUUUCGCCGAGACUCGGUCUUCAUGGUCUUCUCUUUUUCUCGCAUUCGCAUCCACCUACCAGUUGGUCAAAUGAGGCUCCUGGCGUCUAAUCCUGUGGCGCUCGCUUCACACGUCCGCCGCAAAGGAUCAAGAAAGGAUGCUAACCAUGCCGCGCCGGAGAGGAUCGACCGGUCCGGUGACCUGAAAUUCGGGCGACAUUUGUUUUUCUUUUCAGCUGAAAUUCGAGACGCUUAUAUUCGACAGCCAUCAAGGUGCGCAUUUACAUGCUCGUACUGCAAAUGGAUCGCUUAA